AUGGUAGAUGAUGAGACAAUAAGAAAACAGUGCAUAGGUUGCAGAGGAGUAGAGAAUGAGAAGGACAUCUUGCUGUACAGGGGCAAGCUUAUCAAGGUGGUACUGUCGACAGACAAUCAGUGUUGGCUAGGUAGAUGCGUGAUCGUUCCGGACGAACAUAUUUCACCUGUGGAUCUCUAUGCCUCGCGUCACGAUGUUUACCAAGAGAUUGGCGCGGCAAUCGCAAUGAUGACGAGGUGCUACCGCCACCUAUUUGGCAUGGCCUACCCGAACAUAUGUCAACUGGGCAACCUAACCAAAGACCUCAACGGAUGUAUAACAACUGAAGAUCGAUACCAUCAUGUACACUUCCAUUACAUACCACGUUAUGACAAGCCUGUUCAGUAUGCCGGUGAAACCUUUGUCGACAAACAAUGGGGACGUGGACUAAACGUUGAUCGAGAGUCUGGCCUACUCGAUUUCAAGGAGGUCUCCCCACGAACCAUCCAAGCCAUCGUCACCCAAGUGAGAGAGUACAUAGACAAUGACCUACCACUUUAA